UAGGGUAGAGAAGUUCUGUAGAACUGAGAAGGUCAGGGGGUUUUGUGGUGUCCUCCAUGUAUUUAUGGAAGGUGGAGAGUCUGGGGUUCCUCCUUCACAUGUGGGAAACUGUCCCUAGUGGGAAACUCAAGUCCUGUGUAUUUGUAGGGGGUGGGAGUAGAGAUUGGAGGGGACAGAACCUGAGUCUAUUGGGAAGGAAGUAGAACAUAAUCUGUGUUUUUGGGAGAGAGGGUUUCUGGGGAAGCUGGACAAGGUGUCAGAAAUAGGGCAGAGAAAUUCAGGGGUUUGUGGCUCCCACCAUGGAAUGUGGAGGGGUCAGAACUCUUCAUAUGUGGAAGAACGAGGAAACUGCUGCUGUCUGGGGUCCAGUGAUGAUCAGUGUGUUUACUACAAGUGUAACACGUCAUUGUGAGAGGGGAGAGUGCGGCUAUAGGAGGAGCCCCUGUCCCUCGCUGCUUCUAACUGCCGCUCACUUGUUGUUAUGUUGCACUCGGCCAGUGGAAAUUGCUGCUACAGUCACGCUGGGUCGUCUCACAGAUCUAAAGCAGAAUUGGUGCCGGUGUCAAUAUGGCUACCAAGUCGCCUCCCCCGUUAAUGAAGAAGCACAGCCAGACUGACCUUGUGAGCCGGCUGAAAACGCGCAAGAUCCUUGGAGUGGGAGGUGAAGAUGACGAUGGGGAGGUCCACAGGUCUAAGAUCUCACAAGUUCUGGGAAAUGAAAUGAAAUUCACAGUAAGAGAACCUCUGGGUUUGAGGUUAUGGCAGUUCCUCUCGGCCGCCAUGUUCACAGGGAUCGCCAUCAUGGCUUUGACCUUUCCAGAUCAGCUGUACUCAGCCGUGUUCGACAGUGGCCCCGUUAGCAGCAAGACUUCAACUCGUUUGUAUGGAGGAGCUCUUUUUAGCAUUUCCCUCAUUCUAUGGAACUCCAUGUACACGUCGGAGAAGGUCAUUAUACGUUGGACACUACUGACAGAGGCCUGCUACCUCAGCAUCCAGCUCAUCGUGACUGCAGCGACGGUAAUAGAGAGUGGAAGCUCCUCCCUGACUGCCGCCUCCGUCCUCUCCAGCUGCCUCCUCUUUGCUCUCAUCAGUAUCUACUACUACUACCAAGUGGGACGCCGACCCAAGAAGAUUUGAACCGGUCUCUCUGCUUCCAGGACUUUCCCAGACCGUUCCCGUUACUCGGAGCAGCGUUCCCGGAGGUGACGUUCAGCCCAGCGCCCAGGACUUUUACGCUUUUUUUUCUCUUUUUCCCUCUUUGUUGAGAACUGAUUCCCCUUUAGACUCACGAGGAAUCGGCCGAGCAGCAAUAGGAAUGACUGGGUCUCUCUGCAAAGACUAAAAUGGAUUUAAAGUGGCGCAGAAGUACAACGCAAAGUUUAGAAACACCUAUAGGUCCCGUUAGUGUCCCUUGUUGUAACCCUGCUCAUGGGUGGGUGGCCCAGCUGUGCAUGCUUCCUUAGGAUACUAUUAAUUUAAUUGUUCCUUCCUUUCCCUUUAUUCAAUGCCUCCUUCUGUUAUUUGCGGAUUUGGGGAGUAUUUUAACAUUUAGGGGCAUCAGCAGUGCCUUGUGCAACCCUGUCCAACCAGCCAAAGGCUUAUACACUAUUUAAAGGGGAAGUUCAGCUUUACAUUAACUCUUUCUAUUUCAUAUGGGAUUUUAAGGCGUUUGAUAUUUUUUUGUAAUUUUUAAAAUGAAUUUGGGGUCGGUCAGUUCUGUAUAUGAGCAGGGUCUCAUGGACUAUUUAGGGGCUUUCAGAUAUUGUUGAACUGCAAUUCUCAGCACUCCCGAUGGGUCGUGUUAGUACUGGGAGUUGUACGACAUGGAUAUAAAUCAGUUUUGCUUCUUCUGUAAUGGGCCUCCCAAAGUCAGUGUUGGGGACCCAGGAGGCUUCAGUGUUUCAGGAGCAACAGGCGGGUGCAGCUUCUGGGACUGUUUAACCCCUGCAUUACUGGACCAAACCCACAACUUGCUGCUUCUGCACUGGGCAUUAUUAUAAGGUGCGGCGGUUCUGAGAUUCUCCCGUCCCACAGACCUUGGAUUCUCCUCGGCGCAGUGUUAAAUGGGGGUUGUUGGACUUCUUAUCGCGAAGCUGAAAUAUUUCUCCACACCCCCCAUUCAGUGCAGUCUGUGCUCUUGUGAUGUGUUCUUUUUCAUUUGUUGUAUCAAACUUAAUACCUCAAUAUCUUCCAUAAUAAAAUAUGCAUUCAGCUGUG